CGCUCCGUCACAAUGUCUGCCCGCACGCAGCCUCCGUGGCAGGCGCCCAGUCCGCGCCCGGACACGAAGCUGCCGCCCCUCAAAGUCUACAACUCUCUGACCCGCACCAAGACGCCCUUUGUGCCCCAGGACGGCAACAAGGUCUCCUGGUACGCCUGCGGCCCCACCGUCUACGACGACGCCCACCUGGGCCACGCCCGCAACUAUGUCAGCACCGACAUCAUCAGGCGCAUCAUGCGCGACUACUUCCGCUUCGACGUCCAGUUCGUCAUGAACAUCACCGACGUCGACGACAAGAUUAUCCUGCGCGGCCGCCAGCAGCAUCUGCUCGCCCAAUUUGCCGAGAAGCACGCCGACCUAGACGCCGACGUCCUCGACACGGCCAAGAAGGCCUUUGAGGCCUACGUCAAGAAGAACCUGCCUCUGCUGCCCGCCGACCUGCAGCUCACGAGCUUCGCCGACGAGUCGAACAAGGCCUAUGGACACGUGCUGGAGGGCAAGGCGCUCGAGGGCGACGCCGCGCCCGGCGACAAGGAAGCCAAGGUCAAGAUGCAUCUGAAGACGGCGUCGGCGGCGGCCCAGGCCCUGAUCCUCUCCGAGUCCAAGGCCAUCGACGUGACCGAGUUCUACACCAAGACCGAGGACGUGCUCCUGCCCUACCUAGACUCGCUCUACGGCUCGACGAUCGACUCCAACGACCACAGCAUCUUCACCAAGUUGACGCAAAAGUUCGAGAACCGCUUCAUGGAGGACGUGCGCGCGCUGAACUGCCUGGACCCCGACCGCGUCACCCGCGUCACCGAGUACGGCCAGCAGAUUGUCGACUUUGUCGAAAAGAUUGUCAAGAACGGCUUCGCCUACCCCACGACCGACGGGUCCGUCUACUUUGACAUCCAGGCCUUUGAGAAGCAGGGCAACAACUACGCGCGCCUGGAGCCGUGGAACCGCAACGACAAGGACCUGCAGGCCGACGGCGAGGGCGCGCUGACCAAAAAGAGCACCGAGAAGCGGUCUGACGCCGACUUUGCGCUGUGGAAGUCGUCGAAGCCGGGCGAGCCAGCGUGGCCCAGCCCUUGGGGCCAGGGUCGGCCGGGCUGGCACAUUGAAUGCUCGGCCAUGGCGUCAGACGUGCUGGGCGAGCGCAUCGACAUCCACUCGGGCGGCGUGGACCUGGCUUUCCCGCACCACGACAACGAGCUCGCGCAGAGCGAGGCGUACUGGUCCGAGUGCCGCCACGGCCCGCAGACGCACCAGUGGAUCAACUACUUCCUGCACAUGGGCCACCUCUCGAUUGCCGGCUCCAAGAUGUCAAAGUCGCUCAAGAACUUCACGACCAUCCGCGAGGCGCUGGGCCGCGGCGACUGGACCCCGCGCGGGCUGCGCAUCGUCUUCCUGCUGGGCGGGUGGAAGGACCCGGUCGAGAUCACCGAGGGCCUCGUCAAGGAGGGCAUGGCGUGGGAGGACAAGCUGAACAACUUCUUCUUCAAGGUCAAGGACCUGGAGCGGCACCCGAGCCCGGCCAACGUGGCCUCUGCCGACGAAGACACGGCGCUGAUGCAGGCCUUUGCGGCCGCGCAAGCAGACUUUGACGCCGCGCUGUGCGACUCGUUCGACACGCCCACGGCCAUGCAGGUCGUCAGCCGCCUGAUCACCGACUACAACAGCGCGGCGACGCGCGCGGCCCUGUCGGACGAAACGGCCCUCACCCUCGGCCGCUGGGUCACCAAGAUGGCGACCAUGUUCGGCCUGGACGGCUCGGCCUCGUUCGACGACGUGAACCGCCUCGGCUGGAGCGGCAUCGCCAUCCCCGCCGCCGCCGAGCCCUUCGUCUAUCCGACGUCCGCACUGCGCGACGCGGUGCGCAGCGCCGCCAAGGCGAGCACGCUGGACCACGCGUCGCUGGCGUCAUUGGCGGCAGGGACGCCCGAGCCCUCGACGCAGCAGCCGGCCGAGGCCCUGCCGUUCGCGCAGAUCCUGACGGAUUUCCGGGCGGAGGUGACGCGGCUGGCGGCGCACGAGGCGCCAGCCAAAGAGCUGCUGGCGCUGUGCGACGCGCUGCGGGACACGCAGCUGUGGGAGCAAGGCGUGUACCUGGAGGACCGGGACAACGCGCCGGCACUGGUGCGGCCGCUGUCAGCGGAGCUGGUCGCGGCGCGCGAGCAGAAGGCUUCUGCGGCCGCGGCGAAGGCGAAGGCGAAAGCGGAGCGCGAGGAGGCGGAGCGCGCGAAGGCGCUCGCCGCUGCGGAGAAGGCUAAGCUCUCCCAUUUGGAGAUGUUUAGGACGGCGGAGUAUAGUGCUUGGGAUGAGGAGGGACUGCCCUUGCGGGAUGCGAAGGGCGAGGAGCUGCCGAAGAGCCGGACGAAGAAGCUGAGGAAGGAGUGGGAGAGGCAGAGGAAGCUGCAUGAGGAGUGGGUUGCUGCACAGGGGGGGAAGUAAGUACCUAGGCGGUGGGAUAUUGUAUGGUGGGGUAUGGGGUGGCGUUUCCUUUUUUUGAGUCUUGGGUCUUUCCCGUCUUGGCUCUUUGGGGCGAGGGGGUUGAUAUGUGCGAGAUGAUCUAACGGGGCUACGGUAUGGUGUGUAGACGUGGUUGGGUGAGCGGUUCCUGUCUGCUUGUCUAGGUAGACUACGCAGAAGCAGCAGAGCAGAGUAGCAAAAGCAGCAUCUUUACCUACCUAC